GCAACGCGGUUUAGCCUGGCGUAAGGUUUUCCUGUUAGCUCCGGGGGAAGAUAGCGGACGAGCGGUCGACACAGACACCUGAUGUGUUUAUCUAAAGUCUGAGUGAAAUUGUUUAGGAUCGUCCGUGGACUGUCUUAGUCCCUGUCUUAGCAUACUACAAUGAUCCGCUUCAUCCUCAUUCAGAACCGGGCAGGAAAGACACGACUGGCCAAAUGGUACAUGCAGUUUGACGAUGAUGAGAAACAGAAGCUGAUUGAGGAAGUGCACGCAGUGGUAACUGUCAGGGAUGCCAAACACACCAACUUUGUUGAGUUCAGAAACUUCAAGAUCAUUUACCGGCGUUAUGCCGGUCUCUACUUCUGCAUUUGUGUGGACGUGACUGAUAACAACUUGGCGUACCUGGAAGGGAUCCACAAUUUUGUUGAGGUGCUGAAUGAAUAUUUCCACAACGUCUGUGAAUUAGACCUCGUCUUUAACUUCUACAAGGUGUACACAGUGGUGGAUGAGAUGUUCCUGGCAGGAGAGAUCAGGGAGACCAGUCAAACCAAGGUCCUCAAACAACUCCUCAUGCUCCAGUCACUGGAGUAAACACCACUCAACCAUCCUUCCUACCUGCACCAGAAAUAACCGAUUAUUUCGUCCUGUCCCUCCAUCAAAGGACUCCUGAUCGUUUCUCAGUUCCUACAGGUCCAUCCACGACCUACAGAACAUCAGGAGAAGGAUGUUUAGAAGUACAGUUUUGUUUACAUCUGAAUAUUCAAUGUAGAAGUCCAGUAAAUCCCUGUCCUGAUGAUCUAUGUUUAAAUAUGACAUACCCAGUGUUGACCAUUUCAGGUUACUCGUUAUAAAUGCUGUACAUUUCAACACGUUGACAUUUUGUUACUGUCAACUUUAUAUUGAUUUUUCUUUUGUAAUCUAUAGGCUCCUGCAAUGUCAGUGCAUUGGUAGGGUGUGAAACAUGGACACACAUCCAUCAGUGUAACAUCCCUCUCCUCAUUAACCCAAUUAUCCUUUCAAUCACACUGUUGUUACUAACCUGCACCACAUACAAUGACCAGCCUAUGAUGAUUCACUACACACUAAGACUUUACAACAACCUUGAAGCCAUUUCUAUGAAACCAUGAAGGUAAUAACCUCGCAGAUGCCACAGUAACUCUCUCACUACACCCACGUCCCAGAAUUCCACUGAACGGCUCAUGAUCCAGUGCAGGGAGUUCAUCAUUGACUAAAGUGUGCUUGAGAAAAGGACCAUUCAGAUGGAAUGUUGUGGCAACCUGAGCCAUGGCUGACAGCUACUCUCUAUAUAAUUACAAAUAUCUCAGAACAAUGUUCUCUAUAGUUAUUUAAAAUUAAGAUGCACCUGAGAUAAAAUACGAUCAGAGGAAAAGAUGACAAACAAAUAAGCGUUGCUGUGAAGUUAGUGCUGUCUGAUGUGAAAAACCGAGUCUCCUGUUAUUCUAAAUGUUGUAAAGUUAUCACGUCCAUUCCAGAAGAGGUGUCUGUCUGAUCCCUGUUUGGUCUGAGUAGGAGUUUUCUUACAAAGUGCAGUAUAAAACAAACUAUUCCUCCUAAAAUCAUAAACAUAUAGCGAGAUAAUAAAAAAGCUCAGAUGUAGCGGGACUAAAAUGCUCUUAUUCCUUCAAAAUAGUGGUUCCAUAUGUUGUUGAUCUCUGGUAUUUUUGUUUUUAUAUAGUAGUCAGACAUUUACUGCCCCUAACAUUAACCUGUGAUUAUUUCCAGAAAAUGUUUUCUUGUUUGUUUGUUAUAGCCCCUCUUUAAAUACCCAUCCAUAUAUAUCUUAUGUGUAAAUAAAAUACAAAUAAAAAGUAUUACAAUAA